AUGGAAUCAACAGGUGGACCAUUUGAUGAUACAAUUUUCCAAGAUUUCUCCGAUAAAUCAGAUUUAUCGCAUCGUCAACAGAAUGUACAUUCUAUACAAGUAAUGCUUGGUUUACAGCAUCAUAAUUCGGAUAUGUUUCAAAGUGUUAAAUUAGAAGGAAAUCCGUCAGCAAAUAACACUUUAGUUCAUCACGAUUUAGGUCCCUUAUUUCAACAACAAAAUAGUGGAAUUGAAACAAAUAACAAUUCAAAACGUAAAACUGAUUCUGCAAAUGAUACAUCGAUGGCUGUAUGUAUUGAUCAACAGCAACAUUCAUCAUUGUCGUCGAAUCAAUCAUCUCCGAAUAAUUCUGUGAUGUGUAAUACAAAUACAAAUAAUACAGUGAAAAAAACUGAUAAUAAAUCAAAGAAAAAUGAUAAUAAUGGUAUUAAGAAAAAGAAAACUCGAACCACAUUUACGGCAUACCAGCUAGAAGAAUUAGAACGAGCUUUUGAACGUGCUCCAUAUCCAGAUGUAUUCGCACGAGAAGAAUUAGCUGGUAAAUUAAAUUUAAGUGAAUCACGUGUGCAAGUAUGGUUUCAAAAUCGACGUGCUAAAUGGCGAAAACGUGAACCACCACGGAAAACUGGUUACAUUGGUAGUGCCACAGCAAACGCUAAUUCGGUAAUUGGUGGAGGUGGUAUAAAUAUCGGAUCUAGUUCACCAACGAGUUCUAGUUUUACGCUUAACCCAUUUAGUACCCAAUCACAAGGACUACAUCAGAAUAGUGGAUCGGCAGCGGUUAUGGCUCCAAACAUGAUUGAUACAUGGAGCUACCAAUCUGCGUAUGAUUUAAGUCCACAUCACUUAAAUUUGUUAAGUCCAUCGUCCUCAAAUGCCACCAGUCCAUACACAACACAAAAUGUAUUUGGUGGUUCUGUAGGACAAAGUCCAUCACCGUAUUCUUCAUAUACAACAAUGUUGAAUCCCCACGAUAUUGGUGGUGUUAAUUCGCAACUAUUCUCGAGUAUACGUAGUACCCCACAUGACACGUCAUCGUAUAUAUCAACACACAGUCCACCCACAUCAUCCUCAGUACGUGAAUAUUCAAUGCUUCAAGCACACUCACCCAGUGGCAGUGGCGGUGAUAAUGGAAAAUUAAUCACAUGUGAUUACGUUAUCGAUAAAUAUCCAAAUAUGUCCGCGUCACCAUCACAAGAUACGCGCUAUAAUGAUGUAGGUGGAAGUUCAGCGGCUAAUGAUCAACAACAUCAUUAUCAAAAUUUGGGAUCCCCAAAUGGAUCUCGAUUGCAAGGACAACAAGGUGCAAAAGAUCAAAUUAAAAGUGAACCAACUUCGAACAGUACUAGUAGUCCCGUUUCAAAUCAACAAAAUUACGUGACUUUGCCCCCUUUUUUGAAUUAACUAGAAUGAUACGAUAUAAAAAUGUUUUUAAUGUUGAUUAUAGUUCAACGAAGAUCAAUGGUCAUCAAUUGUUGCAUAUCGAUACCACAGCAAUUGCUCCUGAUUAUUUUAAUUAUUUGGAAUAACUAUCACGUAAAAAAAAAUCAAGAAAAGAAACUCUAUAUC